GUAUUUGACCCUUAGCCUUGUUGAAGAGUCUCCAAAUAAAAAAAUGUCAAAAAAAAUGCAAAAGAACUUGUCCCUCUACUUAUUUAGCACGCACUUAGCCGAUUGCUGAUCUGCUAGUUUGACAAAACCUCAGGUAAUCUAAAUAGAUUGAUGUACCGUAAGACCGCCUCCGCAUUAAAGGUCUGCAAAACCUGGGUUUGUGAUACAAAAACACUGGGAAACACUUCUCUUGAGCUGCAACAUCAACGCCGCCAUUGCUUCUCUUCUCUAUCUCAACCUGGUCCAAACGCAUCCCCAAAGGUUCCGAAAAUGGGUGAUAAUAGUAGCAGUCACGUUACUCGUGUUCUUUUUUGCGGGCCUCACUUUCCCGCUUCUCACAAUUAUACCAGAGAAUAUUUGCAAUGCUAUCCAUUUGUUCAGGUUGAUGACGUUCCACUUGAAAGUGUGGCUGCUGUGAUUGGUGACUAUGAAAUUUGUGUGGUUAAAAACUUCCGGAUGAACUCUGAUGUCCUCUCCCAUGCAAAGAGCAUGAAGCUCAUAAUGCAAUUUGGAGUUGGGCUAGAAGGUGUUGACAUUAAUGCUGCCACAAAGCAUGGCAUUAAGGUUGCCAGAAUUCCAGGUGGUGCAACUGGAAAUGCUGCUUCAUGUGCUGAAAUGGCCAUAUAUCUCAUCUUGGGCCUCCUGCGUAAGCAACAUCAAUUGAAAAUUUCUGUGGAGCAGAAAAAGCUUGGGGAGCCAAUUGGUGACAAUCUGCAAGGGAAAACAGUGUUUAUCCUGGGGUUUGGAAAUAUCGGGAUACAUUUGGCGAAGCGUCUACGUCCAUUUGAUGUGAAAAUACUUGCUACCAAACGGAGUUGGGGCAGGCUUGCACAGGACUCAAGCAAAUCUGAGGCACCGCCUGUUGAGAAUGACUGCUAUGCUGACCUGGUUGAUGAGAGGGGAAGCCAUGCUGAUAUCUUGAAGUUCGCAAGCAAAGCUGAUAUUGUUGUAUGUUGCUUAGCCAUGAACAGUGAAACUGCUGGCAUCGUGAACAAUGAUUUUAUAUCUGUCAUGAGAAAGGACCGCAAAACGGGACAAACAAUUGUCAUAGGAUAUGAAUCACAGGGCCUUUACCAUCUUACCUCUUCAAAUUCUUUCAUAGCAUGCUCCACUAUAGAUCCUCCCGACCUUAUUCACAAACGUUUAGAACAUCCGAGUCUAUCCAAGCUACAAAAAAUGGUGCCUAGUUUGUCUAGUCUAUCCACAUUAGAUUGUGAGUCGUGUCAACUUGGGAAACACACCCGUGCUACAUUUUCACGUAGUAUUGAGUCACUCAGAGUCUAUUUUCUCAUUAGUUCAUUAUGAUAUUUGGGGUCCUAGUAGAGUCAGUUCACCCGUAGGAUUUCGUUACUUUGUUACUUUCAUCGAUGAUUUUUCAAGAUGUACUUGGGUUUAAUUGAUGAAAGAUCGUUCCGAGUUACUCUAUAUUCAAAGGUUUUUGUAAUGAAAUACAAAAUCAAUUUGGUGUUUCAAGUCGUGUUUUUCAUAGUGAUAAUACCUUAGAAUACUUAUCCUCCUAGAUUAAUAGAAUGCCAUCAUCUUCGAUCCAGAAUUAGGUUCCCCAUUUCAACUAUAUCCUCAGUCACAUCCCUGCUCUAUCCCUCCUCAUGUUUUUUGGAGCACAUGUUUUGUUCAUAACUUAGCCCCAGGAAAAGAUAAAUUAGCCCCUCGUGCUCUCAAAUAUGUCUUCCUUGGUUACUUUUGAGUGUAAAAAGGGUAUCGACGCUAUUUACCUGAUCUGGGUUGUUACGUCCACUGAUGUCACAUUCUUUGAAUCUCAACCUUACUAUACAUCUUUUGAUCAUCUUAAUCUCUGAGGUUUUACCCAUACCUCCAGCAAUCUUUGAGGAAUCUACGGUUACUUCUCCAUCUCCAGCUACAGUGCCACCAUUUUUUACUUAUCACCACCGCCCACGUCCACCAUCAGUCCCAGAUGAUUUAUGUCAUACACCUGACGCUUCCCCUACUGUGGACUUGUCUUCUUCUAGCCAAUCAGUUGCACUUCAAAAUGGUAUAUGAUUCACUCGUAAUACUAACCGACAUUAUACUUUCUUGAGUUAUCAUCGUUUUUCAUCACCCCAUUAUGCUUUUGUAUCAUCUUUGUCCUCUAUUUCCAUUCCUAAGACUAUAGGUGAAGCACUUUCCUAUUCAGGAUGGAAACAAGCUAUGAUUGAUGAGAUGUCUGCUUUACAUACUAGUAGUACUUGGGAGCUUGUAUCCCUUCCUGACUAUCUGAACCAUCAACCUGACCAUCUGAACCAACUAUGAUUGAUGAGAUGUCUGCUUUACAUACUAGUAGUACUUGGAAGCUUGUUUCCCUUCCUGUAGGUAAAUCUACUGUUGGUUGCCAUUGAAUUUAUACAGUCAAAGUUGGUUCAGAUGGUCAGGUUAAUCAGCUGAAAGCUCGCCUUGUUGCCAAAGGAUGUACACAGAUAUUUGGGCUUGAUUAUAGUGACACUUUCUCUCCUGUGGCUCAAAUAGCAUCAAUCCGUCUUUUUCUCUAUGGUUGUCGUUCGUCAUUGGCCUCUUUAUCAGUUGGACAUUAAGAAUAUUUUUCUGCAUGGUGAUCUUGAGGAAGAAGUCUAUCUGGAGCAACCACCCGGUUUUGUUGCUCAGGAGAGUCUAGUAGCCUUGUAUGUCGAUUGCACAAGUCACUCUAUGGUUUGAAACAGUCCCCUCGAUCCUAGUUCGGAAAGUUUAGCACAGUGAUUCAGAAGUUUGGCAUGAUUCGUAGUGGAGCUGAUCAUUCAGUGUUUUAUUGUCAUUCUGAAGAUUUAUUUAGUGGUUUAUGUUGACGAUAUUGUUAUCACUGGCAAUGAUCAAGAUGGUAUCACUAACUUGAAGCAACAUCUCUUUCAGCAUUUCCAGACUAAAGACCAAGACCUUGGCAGACUGAAAUACUUUAUAGGUAUUGAGGUUACUCAGUCCAAAUCAGGUACUGUUAUUUCUCAACACAAGUAUGCUUUAGACAUUCUUGAGGAGACAGGAAUAAUGGAAUGUCGACCCAUUGACACUCCUAUGGAUCCAAAUGCUAAACUUCUGCCAGGACAGGGGGAGCUACUCAGAAGGUAUAGGUGGUUGGUUGGAAAGUUGAAUUAUCUCACAGUGACUAGACCUGACAUUUCUUUUCCGGUGAGUGUUGUAAUUCAGUUUAUGACUGCCCCCUGUGACAGUUGUUGGGAUGCAGUUGUUCGAAUUUUGCGAUAUAUAAAGUUAACUCCAGGUAAAGGACUACUCUUCGAGGAUCGAGGCCAUGAACAUAUCGUUGGAUAUACAGAUGUUGAUUGGGCAGGAUCACCCUCUGAUAGACGUUCUACAUCUGAAUAUUGUGUUUUAGUAAGAAGUAAUUUGGUGUCCUGGAAGAGUAAGAAAUAGAGUGUGGUUGCUCAAUAUAUUGCCCGAAGCAGAAUAUCGAGCAAUGGCUACAGCAACUUGCGAGCUGGUUUGGGUCAAAUAAUUGCUGAGAGAACUAAAAUUUGGAGAAAUUGGUAAGAUGGAACUUGUAUGUGAUAAUCAAGCAGCCCUUUAUAUUGCAUCUAAUCCAGUGUUUCAUGAGAGGAUCAAGCACAUAGAGAAUGAUCGUCACUUUGUUAGAGAAAAAAUACUCUCGGGAGAUAUUGUUACAAAAUUUGUAAAGUCAAGUGAUCAACUUAUAGAUAUCUUCACCAAGUCCCUCACCAGUCCUCGUAUUAAUCAUAUUUGUAACAAGCUUGGUACAUAUGACUUGAAUGCACCAGCUUGAGGGGGGAGUAGUGUUAGAAUAUGAAUAGGAAUAGGAAUAAUAGUUUUUUUCUCCAUUAUUACUCACAUUGGGGAACUUGACAACAUGAUUUGGGAACUGUUCAGCAGCCCAUCUUUUUUCCGGGUUCAGUUGGGAAUUCAUUAGCCAUGAAUUGUAUAACGGCAUGUUUCAUGGGUAAAUUUUGGGGAACUUGACAACUUGAUUUGGGAACUGUUCAGCAGCCCAUCUUUUGGCCGGGUGCAGUUGCGCAUUCAAUAGCCAUGAAUUGUAUAUCUCCAACCCAACCUAUUGAUAACUAGGCAGGUUGGGAGGGUUACACUAUAAUACAUCAAAUUUUCUACCCCUAGGUAGAAUCUGCCAGGUUUUGGGUUUGGUAGAAAAUGUACCGGCAUCCCUUUUUCUCCUUUCAUAGGUGUUCAUUUGUCUGGGCAUGUAUCCCAUUAUUCCCCUUGUACAAUGCCAGCCAGUUGCUUUGAUUAAUUGUUGUCGGUAUGUGUGUGUUUGUGUGUUUUGCUAAUACAUGGUUAUGCACCAACACAUACUUAUAUUUCCAUAAUAAUUACAUUUCAUAUUCUAGAAUUUGUUCUUUAGAGCUCACAAGUGUUUGGUGUGUAUUUGCAACCCUAGGACAGAGUUAUGAGACAUUCACAAAUAGGUGUAUCUUUGGUGUGUACUUGCAACCCUAGGACAGAAUUGCUGAUGAGACAUUCAUAAAUAGGCGUAUCUUAAGUGAGAUGCAUUGCCAAUAUUUGGGCAUUUCACUUUCUUCUCAUAUUAAUCAGGCAUGUUCCAUCUAAAAUUGGAUUGUAUACUUCAAUUUUAGAAAGCUGGACUGUUUGAAUGAGUUCUCCUUGUUAAAGGAUUUCUUCUUAGUUUUGAGACCUCUCGAUCAUGGAGAACUCCAUGAGAUCCGUCUUAGGCCAGCAUAAUGAAA